AUGGAUGACAUUGAACUCUUAGCGCGCUCCUCCCCACCGCAACAACCCUCCCUUCCACGUGUUUCUGGAAGCGGCGGUUCCAGUGCUGCGAAACGGGCGAGUUCGGGUUACCAAUGCGCGGCGGAUUCGUUCCAGCAGUGGGCGAACGGGCGGGUGGGCAAGCGAGUGGCGGAGUUCAUCCCCAACUUCGCCAUCGCGCUCACCAUCUACCUCACCGUGCAUGCCUUCGUGCUCCCGUCGACACUCCCAAGGCAUAACCGCUCCCUUCGCGGAGCCGACCCCUCCGCCGCACGAUCCGGCGCCGGUCACAGCGACGGUGCAUCGUCGGGGGAGGCCUUCCCCGGAAUGGACGACUGGCCGGACGCGCCGAGCCUGCCACGUCGGCGCAUCCUCGGCGCCGCGUCGUCCGACGAUCUCGUCGACGUGGACGAUCUCGACAUGGUCCACAACCAGAACAUGCCGCUUCCUGAUUGGGCGAGAGAUAUUCCCUCCAUGACCAUCUUCUGCGCUCCGAAGCCGUACUUAAACACCCCGGAGGACCCGCAGCGCCGCGCGCUGCUCUCCUGGCUGCGCCUCCGCCCGCAACCUAAAGUCGUGCUGCUGGGAUCCGAUCCCAGCUUCGAUCUCCUCGCGCAGGAAUUCCCGGGGUCCGUAUUCGUCGACUCGACUAUCGACACGAAUUUCUACGGCGUGCCGCUGUUCCACGCGAUGGUCGCGCGCGCGCAGGCGGCGGACACGCCGCUGUCGAUGAUGAUCAACGGGGAUAUUAUUCUCCUAUCCGACAUCGUCCCCGCGAUCGGGCGCGUGCAGGCGUUUUUUAGCGAGUGGAUCCUAACCGCGUCGCGAUGGGACGUCGCGGUGGAUUUCCCGUACUCGUUUGAGAAAGACGCGUGGCGGCGGAAACCCGGUCCGGUUGGGAUGAUGGCGGAGGCGCAGCGCGAGGUGGAGAUCCGCCGGUUCGUGCGACGGGAAGGGAGCUUGCACACGUACGGCGGGGUAGACCUCUGGGUGUGGAACAACGUUCCCAACGUUCCGCUUUUCUCGGCGCACAUGCCGCCGUUUUCGUUCGGGCGCGGGAAGUACGACAACUGGUUCGUUCACGAGGCCGUCGCGAGCGGGCUGCGACAGGUGGUGGACGCGAGCGACGCGAUCACGAGCAUCCACGUGGCGCACACGUACUCGCACGUGCGCGUGGAGGAGAGCAAGGCGGGCGGGCAUUUUUGGAGCACGCGGAAGAAGAGCAGCUGGGAGCUGUUUGCGAAUAUUCACCUGGCGGAGACGCACGGCACGUAUACGAAUCAGAAGGGCACGGCGCUGCACACGCCGUGGCGCCUUUCCUCCUGCUACGAACCCGAUUCAUUAAACAUCUGCAUGCUGAAGCGAGAGCGGCCGGCCAACUGCUCCUGCGAGUACUCCGCUUACGAGUACAAGACCCAGUCCGACCCGCGCAAGCACCACUCGGGCGACUUCUGGAUUUGCGGCGUCGUCUCAAUCGAUCGCCGCGCCGAUUUCGCAAUCAACGCCGUAGCCCGCACCAACUCCACCGUUGGCCUCCCACACACCAUGGAGCAGUUGUUGCCGCAGCUGGCCAGGAUCGUCCCGGACGUCCCCUUGCCAGGCGCUGCCCGCGCUGGAAAGCCCAAGGAGCUCAAGGUGGUAACGCUGGUCGCGGUUACGUUUGGUUACGCCGAAAUGCUGAUGAAUUUCGUGUGUAAUUUACGGAAGCUGGGGCUUGGGAAUAACCUUAUCGUGGCGGCUCUGGACGAGGAUUUGUACCGGUUUGCGUUCACGCAAGGCCUGGCGGUGUUUUACGAGCGCGCGAGUACGACUAUGAGGGGGAUAGACCAGGGUCAGUGCCAAUUCGGCACCAAGUGCUUCCGGCAAUUCACCAAGCUCAAAUCCCGCGCGGUGCUGAGGGUUCUCAAGGCUGGGUAUUCCGUUCUCUGGUCUGACGUGGACAUUGUGUGGUUCUCCGAUCCUCUCCCGCACCUGCUCUCGUACGGGCCUGGCACGUUCCCGAUCCAGAGCAACGAGCCGAACGAGACGCUGUCAGGCACGGGGAUCCGGCGGAUCAACUCGGGGUUUUAUUUCGCGAGAGCUGAUCCCAUGACUGUCAAGGGAUUCGAGGCGAUUGUCGCGCAUGCAGCCAAGACACAGCUUUCGGAACAGCCGAGUUUCUACGAUGUUCUCUGCGGGGAGAAAGGGGAGCUGCUGCUUCCGGAAAGCGUGGUGGAUGCUGAGGGGAGGAAGGUUCACCGGGAGGAAUGUCAGUGGAGCAACGGUUUACGGACGAUUUUUCUGCCGAGGGAUAUGUACCCGAACGGGGCUGUGCAUGACUUUUGGAAUCAGCCGAAUGUGGCGAAUGCGUGUAGCGGGUGCACGAUUCUGCAUAAUAACUGGAUCUCGGGGAAAGAGGCAAAGAAGGAUCGGUUGGUGAAGAACCGGUUCUGGUUUUAUGACUCGUCGAGGCGCAUGUGUAUUCAUGACUGGCAUGCGAUGCUGAGGGAGAGGUUUGGGGAUGAGAUGGGUGUUGGGAAGAGCACUGAUGCUGCUUCUGGUGUUGGUUCCAAAAGCUGA